ACUGCUACUUUUUCACCUUUAACCUUUAAUAUAUUCUUCCCUCUUGCUAGCCUUGCCCCUCAAAUUAUUAAAUAUAUAUCUGAAGCUUAUUCUCAUUCUCAGGCUGAUAUCUGCAGAAGUUUUGUGGAAAAAUUAUCGAGAUUGAGAAGCGUAGCACUUGGUAAACUUGGUGAUAAACACGAUGCGACCAUUGAAGUCCUAUGCCAGUAUCACGACCUACUCAUGAUGCUCGAAGGCCGCAUCCCUAUGACCGAAAACGGCGUCCGAAUUGAUUUUAAGUGGGGCAAUGCAUUUGGCAAGGAUACAAUGUUUGUGAAAUAUUCAACAAGUAACUUGACCUCUCAUAAUGUUCCCAGAAAUUGCGUCUAG